AGUAACUGUAUAACCUAAAUUUGCAAAACUGAUUUUUUGACAAAGAGUAAAUGGCAUUAAUGGUGAAAUGAGUUAUCUAUUGAAUAUUGUUGACAUUUUUAAUUGUCUAGAAGUGUAUUUUAAAUCAACAUCUUGAUGAUUUCGAAAAGGUAAAAUGACUUGAAAAAUGAAGAACGGAUGUAAUGAUCAGCUGGAGGCUAAAAUAGCCGAACGAGAUGAACGAGCUAAGAAAGUUUAUCGGUAUGUGAGUGAUGUGUCGAGACGUAUUGGGGAAGCAACAGCUCAAUGUACAAGUCUAUCGGAUUUGUUUACAACAAAUAUCGAAGUACAGAGACAAAAACUGCGUGAAAAUUGCGAAAAACUAUUUUUUUGCGACCCUUUAAACUAUGGAAAGAAAUCGCUCGAACUGCUAUGGCGAAAAGUUUACUAUGAGACAGUGUGUGCUGCAAAAAAGUUUAGGGAGUCCAAUAAUCAAUUUGAUGGUUAUUUAUAUACUCAUAUCAUGAGUGGUAUUGGACAUUUUCAUCACAUCAUAACAAGAAUAGAAUGUGAAAUGAAAGUGAGGAUUAAAGAAUUGGACUAUACCCCUUUAGAUGCUGAUGAAGAGAACGAAGAUAUAAAAGAAAAGAUUCAUGAAGAUGAGAUGCAAUUCGCUAAAUCCACUCUUUUUUCCUGCUUGAUUUAUCUGGGUGAUCUAUCCCGCUACCAAGCUGAAAUGUCCAAUGCUUUUGAUCCUUCAAUCGCAACCCGUUACUAUUUGCAAGCUGCACAAAUAGAUUUGUCAUCAGGCAUGCCAUAUAACCAGUUGGGGAAUUUAUUCCUUGACAAAAAUUACAAUUUGGAUUCAGUUUCACAUUAUAUCCACUGUUUGAGCUCUGUAACACCGUUUGAAGGAGCUAUUGGAAAUUUGCUAAAAAUAUUUGAAAAGAACAAUCAAUUUCUAGAAACAAUCAAUGACUCGGAGACAUGCACACAAACUGAACAUAUUCAAAAUACUAUUGCAGAGUUUCUUUCUCUCACUGAAAUAUGGUUUCUUGGCAAAGAUGAUACUAAUGUUCCUAAGUUGUGCAAUAAUAUAGCACAAAAGCUUAAAAUUGGAAUGGAUUUUAAUGUAAACCCUUUACCAGAUAUUAAUAAGAAUUACACUGAACAUAUGCAGGCUUUUGAAGAAGAACAAAUUAAUCCAUCAUAUUUAAAUUCUAGUAUGAUUCACAACAUUGUUGAAAUAUGUUUAUUCACAAAUGCAAAACUGGUUGAAACAGAUGAACCUAAGGCUUUUGCUUGUAAAGCUUUUACUUUAGCCUUUUUAGCCCAGCUGUUGCAAAAGUUACAUAAGCAUUUGGAGUCCCUGGGAUUAAAAAGUCCAGCAUAUCAAUAUAGACCGAGAGUUCAAAUACAGCAACUAACAGAAGGUGACAAAAAUGUAUCUGAAGAAGUUAUUAAACAAGAAGAUACUGUGAUUCUAAAUGGCAAUAAAAAUAACAAUAAUGAUAUUAAAAAUGAAGAACACUUAAAAGACAAAUCAGAUACAGAAGAACCAAAACAAUUGAAUGGAGAUGCAAAAAUCAAAAAGACUUUGAGCAAACGAAGGAGGCGACGCCGUAUUAUGUCUUCUGGGAGUUCUGAUAUCACCGAUGGAGAUACUGAAAGUAGUGAAGAAGAUACAGAUAAAUCGGAAUCAGAGGAUGAAAUAUCCGAUUCCACAUAUGAGUCAGAUGAUAACUCUAAAAGUGAAGGCUCGAUUUGCGACGAAACAGAUAGUGAGGAUAUUCCACUGAAUGGCAAUGAUGAUAGCCAAAAAGAAAUUAAAGAAACCACAGUAAAGGAGUUAAUUAUGAAAUCAGAUGAGAAUAAUAUAAAAAGUAUCCAAGGUGUUGAAACUAAAUUAGAUAUUGAAGGGAUUCAAAAUUUUCUAAGGGGUGAUAAUUUCUUGUCCAGUAUAAAAUUAUUAUUAGAUUGGGUACUUUUAGAAAAAGAUCUUAUACUUUCUUGUGGUGACAGCGGAGAAUCACUGUUUCAGUGUGUUGUGGAUUUGUUGAAUAUAUUUCUACACUAUUUUAACUAUAAAAAUCAUGAUAAAUAUCCGAAUGAAGAUUGUAAAAUCUUAAAUUAUGCAAAAGUUCUUGUUAAAAAAUUGAAACUUGAAUAUAAGACAAUUCCAUUGCCUGAAGAUAUCAAUUUGCGUGGUACAAAUAUUUGUAAAUUUGAUAAAGAUGCAGCUGAAUGGCAGUUAUUAGUAAAAUACAAACCUACAGUUUAUGAGGAAAAUAUAAUUAGAAUACUCAAUUUCAUUGACUUUGGAUACCAGAUUGCCAAGAUAGUGCCAAGGAUAAGAUUUAACAGAUCCAUGAAAAUAUUCUAUUAUAAAAAGAAUUUACCACCUAAAAUCAUCACAAAGGUUAAUCAUAAGAAAAGCAGAGAAUGGCACAAUUCCAAAAAACCCUUGGAAUCGCGGGAAGGUGGUCUACUCCGACGUCUGGGUCGUCUUUGGCUGGUUUCUCAAGUAAAAGAACUGGAGCGUACAGGAACUACUCCCGCACCGUCUCUGCUAGCUUUAGACACCGCUUCACUGUACAAACAUUUAAAGAGGGUGAAGCAGUUAUUGAGAACAAGGAAUUUCAUAUUUCUGGUACCCACUGUUGUUUUACAAGAAUUGGACGAAUUGAAACGGGAAUGCAGUUCUGCGAGAGACGCAAUACGUUGGCUGGAAAUACAACUGAAGAGUGGAUCGCGAUUCCUUAAGACUCAGCGGCCUGGCCAGUUUAAACCACUGCCACUAUUAAAGUACCCUCGAAAAGUACCUCCACACGUGCAUAACUUCAUCCAGAUAUUGGAAUACUGCAACCAUUUCAUAGAGGAAGAGAAGCAAAGUCAAAUUGGUGGGAAUGGAGAUCCUGAUAAUUCCAUCAAUUUGAAAACAUCUUCUCUACUAAUACUGCUGGUCGGUGAGGAACCUGGAUCUAAUGACGAACAGUUCAAAGAGUUCAGUAUGACGGGCGCGGCGCAGUCUGCCGGCAUUUCCGUAGAGUACAUAGGUGACUUUUACGCAAAAUGGCGGCAAACUAUUCAUAAGAGCGGCAAGAAAAGAUGAAGGAUUUACAUUCAAUCUCCGGUCUCGAUUGCAAUGAGUUAGAUAGAGGAAGGUGACAUACCUCUGACAUAAUACCAUCUGGUAACGAUUGACAACGAUAAUAACACGCGCGAUAGCAUCGGUCGUAUAAACGAUUAAUAUGAGACGAACGAGAAUACGUUCGCUUUCUAGAUGGAAUAUAUUUUGAGGGUCGCUUUAAUGUUUUUAUUUUUUCGAUAUCAGUGCGUCGUUUA